UAUACCACUACAUAUGUGAUGGCAUAAUAAGUAAUAUGCGAUAAUCGAUACAGGACAGCAGGAUAACAAUGGCAGGACGAACGAGAGCAUUUCGAUAGACAGCAUUCAGCUAAAUUGGUACCGCGAGACGUCCCUGGCUCUCGAAAAGCGCGAGCUCUCGGUUGGUAGGCCGCGAAAUCGGGGGCUGCUGCGUACGUGGAAACGGGGCAAAAGUGUCAUGGGGCGCAGGAUAACCCAGUGACAGCGGAGCUCCCUCGCUCAGGGAGAAGGCCGUCGUCUCCCCUGCGGAGCCGAUGGCCGCCACAAAGGGCUGUGCUCCUUGGACAGCAGCAUGCAGUGCCACGGCUUGCGUCGCCUUGUCUGAUAAUCACGGAAUCAAAACAUACCCGGGACGAUCACGCGAUGACGUACACUGACUGCGCCCCCAGCUGAGUCUGAUCCGGCUGCCCUCGACGACCAACCCGUGCAUGUGGUCGAUCGCUCUGACCGCAUCGGUCUUGCGGACAAACUGCACGAAUCCACAGUGCUUCCCGGCUGGGAUCCGGACCUGCAUGGAGGACUCGCUUGUCAGCAAUGAGACACGCGCAGGAGAGAGCAACGCCACCCACAUAGUGGAUCUCGCCGAAUUGGGCGAACAGAGCCCGGAGAGCGUCCUCUCGGAUCAAGGAGCUCAGCCCACCAACGAAUACAGUGGUGUUGUAAGGAUCCAUUUGAGGCUGUUCGAAAUCAAGCCGGAUUCCCGAGAUGCUGCGGGCCUGCUCCCAUUCUUGGUUCCAAGCUCGCCCGCCGAUGUCGCGAUUGGAAGGUUGCAAGGGGCCGGCAGUGUUUCGAUGUGCACCGGGAACACGCGCUGUGGGGGCUGGAAACAACGGCUUCGUGGUGGCAAGAGCAAUGCGCACUGGCAAUCACGCAUCAGCAUGUGCUCGGGGGCAUCGAGGGCUCGACUCACUCGGACGCGACAAGCAGUACAUCCCCUGCAUCUCGACCAGCGCACGUUGCUGAUCAGCCUCUUCGGCGAAUCUGACGAACCCGAAUCCGCGACUGAUCCCCGUUUCCGCAUCGACCAUCACUUUGGCACUCUUGCAGCUCGGGAACGGCCGCACGAGUCUAGGCGGUCUAUCGAUGCGGAGACCGAGUCGUGGAUCUUGAAAUACCUGUGCGAAACAAUCUCGUCAUCAGCUGUGCCUAUUUCAAAGACUGUCAUCUUACCGCAAGCUAUAUUCGCGCUGCGGCUCUUGCGGCGCCACGUCCCGAGAAACCUCCGGCCCAGGAGGCCAGGAACCACGACGCACAGCGACCGGAGCCUGGCCGUCACUGUUCUCGGCAUUCAGAGUCUCGAUUGAAGACAGGUUCCGCCGGUGCGACUGGCCAGCGAGUCCAGACGAAAUUGAUGAUGGCGGCAAGCGGAUUGGGAGACUGCCCGAAGGCGUGAUCCAAUUGUAACUCAAGGGCAAUGCGAACGAGGAGAGGCGAGAAUCAGCCAUGGGAGACGGUUUCUGGGCGGCGAGAGUCACUGUUAUAGGCACGGUGAGGGGAGACACGGAGGAUGAGGAGAGGCGAGGAGCAAGAUGUCAAGAGCACAAUGGGGGGCCACAGCCUUGCUUAGAGUCAUUUGCGGGGAGAACAAGUCAAGUCAGCUUGGAUCUGCCGAUAACAAUGGUCGAGAUGAAACUUGGCAGCGUUGUCGUUCACGAGGACGUAUCAUCAAGGUGAAGAGUGCACUUCUUUGACUCAGUUGUGCGUACAACGGUGCACCCGAUGAUCGCGGAGGUCAGAAUGAUUGAGCUUUCAAGAGUGAUUCAAAGUGUGGAACCUUCACAGAAUCGACGGCUCGGGGCAGCUAGUUGGCGAGAGCACG